AUGGCGACAGCCACUGACCCGCCCGCCCAGCUGCUCGAGGCUGACUCUAACGACUCGGGCGUUGAUGACAGCUUCUCAGACACGUCGAGCUACAGCACCUCUCUAGCAUCUGCAGUGAAGAACUACAAGUAUGAGAACGGUCGCAGAUAUCACGGCUAUCGCGAGGGCGAAUACGUGCUGCCAAACGACGAGGCUGAGCAAGACCGGCAGGACCUCCUACACCACGUUCGCAACCUCACACUAGGCGGCAAGCUGUUUCUCGCGCCCAUCAAGAACCCACAGAGAGUCAUCGACGUCGGCACAGGAACUGGGAUCUGGGCCAUUGACUUUGCUGAUGAUAUGCCCGAAGCUGAAGUUCUUGGAACGGAUCUCUCACCCAUUCAGCCUUCAUGGGUGCCACCCAAUCUGCACUUUCAGAUCGAAAAUGCGGAAUUCCCGUGGGUCUACAGCAAACCUUUUGACUACAUCCACACUCGCGACUUGGGCGGAUCGAUCAGCGACUGGCCUAAGCUGAUGCGACAGGCGUAUGAACACUUGGCGCCUGGGGGGUGGCUCGAGCUACAGGAAUUCGAGGUAACGCUGAAGUCGGACGACGACACACUGAAACUGGCGCCUACGUUUUGCGAAUACAUAGAGCAUCUGCACAAGGCGAGCGAGAUGUUCAAGAAGCCGAUGAACAUUGCCGAGACGCAUAAACAGACAAUGAUUGAUGCUGGGUUUGAGGAUGUGACGGAUGACAUUUACAAGGUUCCAUCAUCUCCAUGGCCCAAAGACCCGAGGAUGAAGGAAAUCGGUCGAUACAACCUGUGCUCGCUGCUCAUGGCAGUUGAGGCAUAUUCCUUGGCGUUAUUUACACGCGUAUUGGGCUGGAGCAACGAGGCAACGCAGGUCCAUCUAGCAGGCGUCCGAAAAGACUUGAAGAACCGACAAGUGCACUCGUACUGCAACCUGCACGUGGUCUAUGGGAGGAAACCUCUGUCUCCGGGGCUGGCAUCGACUACGUGA